AUGGCAGAGACAAACCUCACCUUGGUGACCGAGUUCGUCCUUAUCGCGUUCACCCAGUGCCCGGAGUGGGCACUCCUCCCUCUCUUCCUCCUCUUUCUGUUCAUCUAUCUCGCCACCUUACUGGGGAACUUGGGGAUGAUCACCCUGAUCCGCAUGGAUGGCCGGCUCCAGAGCCCGAUGUACUUCCUUCUGAGCCACCUCUCCCUCACGGACAUCUGCUACUCGUCUGUCACCGUCCCUCAGAUGCUGGCCGUGCUGUGGGAGCGGGGGGCAGCCCUGUCCUACUCGCGCUGUGCGGCGCAGUUCUUCCUGUUCACCUUCUUCGGUUCCAUCGACUGCUACGUGCUGGCCCUCAUGGCCUACGACCGCUACGUGGCCGUGUGCCGGCCCCUGCUCUACGCCAGCAUCGUCACGCAGGGGGCCUGUCUGCGCUUCGUGGCUGGGGCUUACCUAGCAGGUCUCUUCAGCGCCCUGGUGCGGACCGUCUCAGCCUUCACGCUCUCCUUCUGCGGAAACAAUGAGCUCGACUUCGUUUUCUGUGACCUCCCUCCUCUUUUAAAGGCGGCCUGUGGGGAGAGCUACACCCAGGAAGUGGUGAUUAUUGUGUUCGCUGUUUUUGUCAUCCCUGCAUGCAUGGCGGUGAUCCUAGUGUCCUACCUGUUCAUCGUCGUGGCCAUUCUGCGGAUCCCCUCGGCUGGAGGCCGGGCCAAGACCUUCUCCACCUGCGCCUCCCACCUCACUGCUGUGUCCCUCUUCUUUGGCACCCUCAUCUUCAUGUACCUGCGAGAUAACUCGGGCAGGUCCCCGGAGGAAGAUCGGGUGGUGUCUGUGUUCUACACGACAGUGAUCCCCAUGUUGAACCCCCUCAUCUACAGCCUGAGGAACCAGGAAGUGAAGGGGGCCCUGAGAAGAAUUCUCGAUAGAGUCAGGUUGUUCUAACCAUCUCCAAACUUGGAAAAUCCUGAGAACCACCUACUCUGUGGUGCCAGCAUUCUGGACACU